CGCUCGCGUUCGGUCGCCGUCGCCAGGGACGCGUGGAGGCGUUGCCAAGGAAGUGAGGAGCGACUUCUUCCGGAUUAGAGUCGAAAGGAAAGCGUUCCCACGUGUGGUAAACGAACGGUGAAAGCGGAUAUACAUUAGAGCGAAAACCAAUGAAAAGAACCUCAAGGAUGCAAAAAGCAAGAGGUUUUUGAGAAGUUGGUUGACAAAAGCUGGCAUGGCAGUUGACGGGUCGACCAAAGAGAAGAAGAAGAAGAAGAAAGUAAAGUCGGAGGUUCAGGAUGCAGGAGAUGCAAACGUGACGGUGUGUCACGAUGUGUCCGUCCAGACUGGUGUGAAAAAGGAAGAACCUCUGGAAGUAAACAUCAGAGAUGGAGAGAAGCUGGGGAGCAAUGCAGCUGGCAAGAAGAAAAGGAUGAAGAAGAAAGCGAAGGAGAAAGAGGAAGCAAACGGCGCUGUGUGUUGCGACGCCUCCAUCCAGACCACCGUCAAAACGGAGAGCUCGAAUAUAAACGUCAGCGAGGCUCCCGAGAAGACAAAGAAGAAGAAAAAGAAGAAGGUGAAGGAGAAAGCCGAAGAGAUCCAAAAGGGAGCGCGUGUCGGUGAGGAUGGAGGUUGUUUAGUGUCCAAGAAACCAGGGUAUGAAGAAGAGGUGGAUGGUGCGAAAAAGAAAAAGAAGAAAAAAACGCUAGAGGUGAAAGAAGAGGCUGAUUUGGGACACGACGUGGAGAUGGUCAAAAAGAAGAAAAAGAAGAGAACAAUUGAUGAUGUGGCUGAACAAGAACCAAACACCGGAGGUGGGGAGAUGAAGAAGAAAAGAAAGAAGCAGAAAGAAGCUGGUGAGUGUGAGAAGAAGGUAAAGAAAAAGGGUAAGAAGAAGUCUUCAGUGGAAGAAGAGCCUGAUGAGAUCAGCUCAAAUAAAAAGAAGAAGAAGGAGAAGAAGAAGAGCAAAAAGCUGGAGGAGGAGGUAGAAGGUGUGGAUGAAGGUGAGGGUCACGCCUGCGGAGGACAGGAGAGAUCACCGGACGAGAAGACCAGGAAGACCAUCAGGGCCAGGACCGAGCGACCCGCCGGAAAGAAGAGGAGCAAAGACGGAAACAAAGCCCCGGUGACGAAGAAAAAACUUAAAGAGGAGCAUCACCAGGUCGUCGUGGACAGAGCUGAUGUUGUGUUCCUGUCGGCAAGGCCUGGAAAUCAGGAUGAAGUUUCUAUAGAUCAGGCCCGCAGACUCGCCCUGCAGAGGGACAUAGACAAGGAAUCUCAGCCGAAGCCGAGUCUGGGCCAGUGGGACACGGCACAUUUCGACAGCUCUGAAAGACAAGCCAAGUUCCUGCGCUUGAUGGGCGGGUUUAAAAAGAGCGGCCAGCCCCUCACGGGCUCCUCUGGCCAGGCCAACAUGGCGCUGGGCAAAGAAGGCCAACGGACUUUGCAGCAAGGCCUUCUGGGAGAGUUCGAGCGCGCUCAGAGCCGUCACAUGGACUUCAGGAAUAAAGGGGUCGGGUUGGGCUUCGCGGCGCCGUCCAAUAAGAAGUUUGCGAUCGACGUCAACGCGAGGAACUCGGUGCGAUUCGACGACUGAGAGUCACGGGACGGUUCGCUCGAAAGUCAAUCGUUUGCUCACCCUCUCAUCGGGCGAGCUCCGGAAAAGGGCUAAACACCCAUCCGUUCGGAACGAUGCGAGGGUUAGAGGACUGUUUAACCCACGGAGCGAGGAGGAAUUUAUUUUCGGAAACUGAGGAGCUCCAGAUUUAACUUUUUAUUUCUCAAGUUUCCUUUAGAUCAAAUUGAAUUGUUUUGGGUCCUCCUUAGACAUGUUGUGCUCAGGUGAAAUAUCAUGAGAUGUAUUGAAUUUAGCCUUAAAUUUAUCUUUAAAACGUCAAAUAAAAGACGCUGGAUUGCA